ACAGGCAUUGUGUGUAGAGGAGGCGCUGGCUUCUCUUACCCCUGUCCGGCGAUGAUGUCAUCAUUCACUGAUAUGGCAGUGCGAGAGGCAACUUGUAACAAAUUUUCUUGAGAAUCGCUGCGGAAUAGCGAUGUUUCAUGCGAUAUUCGGACGUAGAAAUUCCGAAACAGUGCCACAGUCACCGCUGCAGUUACAAAGACAGCGGCAAGUCGCAACAAUUCGUUCUUGGUGUCCAAAUGUUGUUGAAGUGCAGCCAGACCAAGAAUACCACCUUAAUUUUGUUGCAGGAAAUGUUCCUCUGACAUUAGAAAUUUGUCUGCCCUCCUCCUUUCCACAUGAAUCACCAGAGCUCAAGGUUUCCCCACCUGUGGAACAUCCACUGCUGGACGAAGAGCAACACGUUACUGGUGUUCCUGCCUUGACUGCAUUCUCAAUGCAUGCUGAUUUGGGAAGGAUAAUUAAUGGAAUCGUGACAGAGUUCCUCAACCACCCACCAACACCGUGCACAAACUCAGGAAAAAAUGUUCCAGUGGCACUGCCGUCCACUUUUCAGAAAGGAUUUGUGGAGCAGAAUCACAGGCCAGUUCAGCAACCUUUCACAGUAUCAGGCUCGAAGCUGGGCUCUCAAUUUCUUCAGCUAGAUCAGCUCAGUGUGACACAGCUGGAAGAACUCUCCAGAGACGAGAAGAAACUCUCUGAAUUUGUAGAGCAGCUACCAGAGGUCCUCAGGGCAUCAGAAAUAAAGAACCAAAUGAUGUGCCAGAACGAAGCACUUGCAAGAAAAAACUUGGCACUGAAGCCAGCCAUAGAACAAAGGAAAAGUGACCUCCUGGCUAAGGCUAGGUCAAAGUCAGAGCCUUCCAGUCCUAGCACAGACCGUGGUCCUAGUUACUCACUCUCAUCCAUGCAACAUGCCGCUAGCUGUGGCAGGCAGACCGGACUCCCCUUUCCAUCCAACGUCACUCCUCCUCCUCCUCCUCCUCCUCCUCCUCCUCCUCUGCAUUCGUGUGAGCUUCUCAGUUUUGUCGUUUCGUUUCGUUUCGUUUCGUUCAUUGCGGGUGAACAACGCACAGUCCCUGACCUUGGAGCGGAAGGUGGCACUUGUCAAAGGCCUGGAGUUCAUCAAGCCAUUAUCGUGAAAGCCAUUAUCUGUUUCGUUCAUGCAGGUUUCUGGUCUUCUACCGCCGUACCGGAGCCAGCAGACGAGUUCAAUGGCUGUGAUGAAUUGUGCAACGACGUGAUGCGCCUCGCAUGUUGUGGGGAGAGCGUUGUUAAGUUAAUGCUCAAUUCUUUUUUGUAAACGUUGGUUGCACAGUUGAGCGUUAAAUUUAAGUUAAGGACCAUUGAUCUUGGUUCAAGUGUUAAUUGGUGUUGGUAAAACCGGGCCUUAGAGGACUUGAACAUUGAGGACUUUGCGCUUUGCGAUGGCGAUGUUCUAGUAAGCGGGGAACUGAGUGACACGGUAGUAACGUGACGGGAGGAGCCUCUCAUGCGUUGCAUUGAAGUGCUUGAAGAUGCUUUCUUGCUCCCAG